UCUGAGCAAAGGAGGAUCUCUCGUAUCUACGUGCUGUUUUGAUUGAAAGUUAUAGCAUCAGUACCGUACUGAGCUGAGACACGAUAGUCGUGCCUUGUGCCUUGUGUCACUGAACUCGAAAUUAGUUGCAUUUGUGUUUCAUUCUGUUGAAUUCUUAAGUGUUCCAUUAUUUUUGUACGUCUAAAUUGUUAAGGGUUUCAUUCAAAAUGAUAAAUACGGGAAAAUUAGCUGGUCGUACUAUUUUCAUCACCGGUGCAUCUCGAGGUAUUGGCAAGGCAAUCGCCCUCAAGGCAGCUCAGGAUGGUGCCAAUAUUGUCGUAGCAGCUAAGACAGCCGAACCACAUCCGAAGCUACCGGGAACAAUAUACACUGCUGCGGCUGAGAUUGAGGCCGCUGGUGGUAAAGCUUUACCUUGCGUGGUGGAUGUCCGCGACGAGAAUGCCGUUCGGUCAGCUGUCAAGAAUGCAGUGGAGAAAUUCGGUGGAAUUGACAUUUUAAUCAACAAUGCCAGCGCCAUUUCACUCACCCCUACAGAACAGACUGACAUGAAACGAUAUGAUUUGAUGCACAACAUCAAUACUCGCGGAACGUUUUUAGUCUCCAAGGAAUGCAUUCCAUACCUGAAGAAGAGUAAUCACGCUCACAUUUUGAACAUUUCCCCACCGUUGAACAUGAACCCGCAUUGGUUCAGCAACCACGUGGCCUACACGAUGGCCAAAUACGGCAUGUCUAUGUGUGUUCUGGGCAUGGCUCGCGAGUUUAAAAACGAUAAUAUCGCUGUUAAUGCUUUGUGGCCACGCACUGCCAUUUUCACAGCCGCUAUGGAAAUGCUGACGGGCGAAGGGAGUGAUCAAUUCUCUCGCAAACCGGAAAUCAUGAGCGAUGCCGCUUACGCCGUCCUGUGCAAGGAACCCAAGAACUGCACAGGAAAUUUCCUCAUUGACGACGAAGUUUUGCAGGCUGCUGGCAUCACUGACUUGAAGCAGUACGCGUGCGUACCGGAAAAUGCUGAUAAGCUCAUGCCGGACUUUUUCCUCGAUGUUGCCCCGGAAAAACUGGUGGAAUUUGCUGCUGAAGGAAGCCAUGCCGCGUCAUUGAAAAAACCAGCCGCCGCCUCUGGUAAAAUCGAAGGACUAUUCCAAAAAAUCGAAUCACUCUUGAGUGAUGAAAUUAUCAAGAAAACUGGAGCCGUGUAUGAGUUUAAUGUGAAAGGAGAAGAAGCUGGACUUUGGUUUGCCGAUUUGAAGAACAAUCCCGGAAAGGUUGGCAAGGGAAAGUCACCAAUUACUGCAGAUGCUACCCUCACCAUGGAUUCGAAGCACUUUUUCGAUAUGUUCAGCGGCAAGUUGAAACCAGCUAGUGCAUUCAUGACUGGAAAGUUGAAAAUUUCGGGAGAUUUGCAAAAGGCGAUGAAGCUUGAAAAACUGAUGGGUGGUUUGAAGUCCAAGCUGUAAAGAAUUUAUUAGUUUUUUUUUUCCUUCCAUGGAUGAA